AACCCGUACAAUGAAUUUCAACAUAGUACUCUUCGUACUGUUUCUACACAUCUUCGCCACUUGCGCUGAGUUUAACAAGACCACACUAUUAAAAAAAUGGGCAGCGUUCAAGCAAUCGUACAAGAUGCACUUCCUCGCUCCAAAAGAAGAAAAUAUGAGGAAGGCUCUUUUUGAGAAGACACUGCAGAAAGUCGAAGAACAUAACGAAAGGUACAAGAAAGGUUUAGAAACGUACGCGAUGGUCGUCAAUCGGUUUGCUGCUCUUACAGAAAAGGAAAUGCUGGCUUACACCGGCGGUCCUAAAGUGUCAUCAGAAAACCUUCCUUCUGGUUCCUACAUUUUAGGAAAUUUUUCCAGUCUGCUUGUACCAAGAACGAUGAUACCGUCAUCUAUGGACUGGCGAGACUUGGAUAAAAUAACACCAGUGAAGGAUCAAGGAAGUUGUGGUUCUUGCUGGGCUUUUGCAGCUAUUGGGGCAAUAGAAGCUCACUAUAAAAUUAAGUAUGGUUCAACAGCAAUUUUAAGUGAACAGCAACUAGUAGACUGUGACCAAAAGUCUCAUGGAUGUUCGGGUGGUAGUAAAACUAAAGCGUACAAGUAUAUUAUUCAAAAUGGAGGCGUUAAUUAUGCUUCGCACUAUCCUUAUCACGCUUUUCAAAAUUCCAUUUGUUGGUACAGACGAUGUGAACCAAAAGUGACUAUAAAAAAUUAUAUGUAUGUAAGCCCUAAUGAAGAAGCUCUUAAAUACUAUGUGGCCAUGUAUGGUCCAGUUUCUGUUAGUAUUGAUGUCCUUCGUGAUUUUCAGUACUACAGUGGUGGAGUUUACUACAACGAGAAGUGUUCUACUUCACACACAAAUCAUGGAGUCGUGGUUGUUGGAUAUGGCACUGAAAAUGGUCACGACUAUUGGGUAGUGAAGAAUUCGUGGGGAUCGGACUGGGGACUAAAUGGUUAUAUAAAAAUGGCCAGAAACAGAAAUAAUAAUUGUGCAAUAGCUAGUUACGCAUACCUUCCAAUUCUGUAGGGUUCAGAAAAAAUAAUCUCACUUCGUAUUCCAACUUUUUAUUUGUUUAGUUUUUUUGAAUACAGUUUAUUUUGGUCGCAUGAGUUCUUUGAACGAACUGGCAAUACAAAAAUUAUCUAAAAACCGAUUUAAUCUCUGUUUCUCAACGAUCCCUGCUAUGCAUAAAAAUUUUAUGACUUUUAUAAAGUUUAUGACAAAAUUUUACUGUACAAUUGUGUUACUAUUAGAAAAUAAUAAAACAGUUGCCACAUGUUCACUGAAUUUAACUGAAUAUUUUAAUUGCCUGUAGUAAAUAUUUCGCCACACUGUAGCUGUUUGUUGAUUUUUAUGUUAAACUAUAUUUUCCUACUGUGUUAAUAAUAGUUAAUUUAGAAUGUCCUGUAAAAUUAGGUUACUUAGUUACGCCCUUUUUACGUACAUUCAAACAAUCACAAAUAUUUAAAAAGUAAUUUUAGAUCCACAAAAUUCUUCGUAGAAACUUAACAAGUAAAUAAGUAAUAAAUUAAUUAAACACGAAUGGAAACAAUUAAAGAAUUAACUAUUAUGUUACGGAAGUACGAAACUAAAAUUAUCUUUUCACGUAUUCCAAACAUUUUUCAAAUGUUAUAACAUCAUUAAUUAUCUUUUCUAGGAAAGCGUUAAAUUCCACAAAUAAUAAUAGUAUGCCGUUGUUUAAACGUUUAAACGAGAUUAAAACUCUCAUCAUAACACUAAUCCAAAAUCUCGGAAUUAUUUUAUAAAGACAAAUAAACAAACAAAAAUCAUCACAAAUGCCUUGUCGCAAAACAGUAUAAAAAGAAACGAUUUUCUGAAGAGUGUAUCAAAAACCACCAACAACAGCCAAAAUGAAGAUCCUUAUAGUUCUACUUGUGAUUUUCUACACAUCCCAUGCCAUUUUACCCAGAUCUGCGGUUAACGAAAAAUGGGACAAGUUUAA